AUGCCUUGGAACUAUAUUAAACAUUAUCUACCUAAAGAUUGUAAUCAAAUACUACUGAAAAGAAGAAAAAGAGUAAUCACUGAAUACUGUCUUCAUCGUAAUGCAACAUUGGAUACACUUGAACGUCUAGUAGAAUGGUGUCAAGUGGUUGGAUUUGAUUGGAAGUAUUUAGAAUGCAAUAGUAUCUAUAUAAAUCAAGAUGUAUUGGAAUAUAUAGUAAAAAGGUGUCCUGUUGACCAAGAUCAUCCAUUUCUCACCGAGGCAAUGGGGCAGGCUUGUAGAUAUGGAUAUUUCUCAACUGUAAAGUUGAUAGACUCUAUCAAAGGUGUACAACUUGAUCUAGAAGCAAUGAAAACAGCCAUGGACAAUGCUUGUAGUAACGGAUUCAUUGACAUUGUAAAGUAUUUACACAAACAUAGAACUGAAGGAUGUACUACAUAUGCAAUGGAUAAUGCAGCAAGAGAUGGACAUUUAAAUAUUGUAAAGUUUCUUCAUUUAAAUAGAACUGAAGGUUGUAGUAAGGAUAAUAUUCUAUAUAAUGCAGCAUCUAAUGGUCAUUUAGAUAUUGUCAAAUUUUUAUAUAAACAUAGAACUGAAGAAUACUCUUGUUAUGCUUUGGAUCAGGCUUCUCGUAGAGGAUUCAUUGAUGUUGUAAAAUACCUUCAUUUCAACAGAACUGAAGGUGCAACCCAUGCUUUGGAUUGGGCUGCUGAGUGUGGCCACACUGAUGUAGUAAAUUUCCUUCAUGAACACCGUACUGAAGGUGCGACUACCAAUGCUAUAGAUCACGCAUCAAGAGAAGGAUUCAUAGAUAUUGUAAAAUACCUUCAUGAGCAUCGUAGUGAAGGAGCAUCAACCGAUGCUAUGGAUUGGGCUGCUGGAAAUGGACACAUUGAAAUUGUAAAGUUUCUUUCAGAGCAUCGUACUGAAGGUGCAACCACCAGAGCUAUGGAUUGGGCUGCUGAGUGUGGCAGAUUGGAGGUUAUAAAGUUCCUUCAUGAGCACCGAACAGAGGGUGCAACUACGGAAGCUAUGGAUAUGGCAGCUGAAAAUGGUCACAUUGAAGUGGUAAAGUUCCUUUUUGAGAAUCGUAGUGAAGGAUGUUCAGAAUCGAUUAUGGACAGUCCUGCUAGGAAUGGAGACAUUGAAAUGUUAACCUAUCUGGUUGAAACUGUCAAGGCAGAAUGUCGAUCAUAUACUUUGGAAGAAUCAUUGUUUUCUGGUAAAUCAUUGGAUACAUUUUAUUAUCUUUAUGACCAUUUCAAAGAGCAGAGUGAUAUUUGGACACCAGAGGUGAUGGAUAGAGCAGCAGAAUUUGGUCACAUUGAAAUUGUAAAUCUACUCUCUGACCAUCGUACUGAAGGUGCAACUACCGAUGCUAUGAACAGUGCAGUUGCAAAUGGUCAUCUUGAAGUUGUUAAAUUUUUACACUUUAAUAGAAGUGAAGGAUGCACUCUGAGAGUUAUUGAUUAUGCUAGUUACCUAGGAUCUCUUGAAAUGAUAUCAUUUCUAGUAUUCAAUGUCCUAAACAAAGAGGAAUACGAAUACGAUCAAGAAGAAUUACUACUAAAAGUAUCAGAUAAAGGACACUAUGAUAUUGUCAAAUGGAUGCUCGAACAACAAUUUAGAGAUACUCUGGGCGAAGAAUCAAUUAAAAGAGUCAUAAAAGAGAUUAAACUCCACAAGAGAUACGGUGAUCAUUUUGAAGUCAGACAACUACUCAAGAAUCAUUUGAAACAGAUUCAAGAUACAAAUAAUCAAGAAUAA